UAAGUACAGUAGUGCUGUCUGCUGCUGAAUGGAAGGAGAAGCAAUGAAAAUGUAUACUGCAGGUGUACUUUUCCUGUUUGUAGACAUGCCCUCAGUGAUGGAGCGCUCGGGGGCCGGGGUCCUGUCCAGGAGCAGAGCCAAGACAGUAACUAACGGCAACAGCCAACCACACUCUGAGGAAGAGAGCAGUGAUGAAGAGCAUGCUCAUGACAGUAUGAUCAGAGUGGGAGGAGACUACCAGGCACAGAUCCCAGAGUUCAAACCAGACAGUCCCAACCGCUACAAUGAGAAAGACCAGAGGAGCAUGUUGGUGUGGUGUCCCAACAGUCAGCUUUCUGAUGCAAUGCUGGAUGAGUACAUUUUGAUGGCUAAAGAAAAACAUGGAUACAACAUGGAGCAGGCUCUAGGCAUGUUGUUGUGGCACAAGCACGAUGUGGAGCGCUCCCUGGCCGACCUCGCCAACUUCACCCCCUUCCCAGACGAGUGGACAGUGGAGGAUAAGGUGCUGUUCGAACAGGCCUUCAGUUUUCAUGGCAAGAGCUUCCAUCGCAUCCAGCAAAUGCUGCCAGACAAGCUGAUCUCCAGCUUGGUUAAGUAUUACUACAGCUGGAAGAAAACCAGAACCAGAACCUCAGUGAUGGACCGACAGGCCAGAAGGCUGGUCAGCAAGAGAGAAAAAGAUGACAGUAAUGAUGAGCUGGAAGAAGGAGACCCAGGAAGUGAUAGUGACUUUGAAAUUGACAACAAGAAAGAGUCAGUGAAGCAGAACACCAGCAGCACCGGCUCUGAAAAGGCCAUGCCCAGUCGGUCUGGACCGAUAAAGAAGGAAAGCAUCGGGGCUCAGUAUCGUCACCACCCGCUCAGAGCUCGCCGCAGGCCACCGAAAGGCAUGCACCUAGAGCAGGGCGACAUCAUGGCCCUGUCUACCUCUCUGGAUUCUGGAGUGUUGACCAUACGGCAGCUGGACACACAGUUGGUGUCACUGAAGAGACAAGUCCAGUCCAUCAAACAGAACAACAGCAUUUUGAAACAAAGUCUAAGCGAAGGUGUGAACAGUCACAGACCUGCUGAACCUGCCUCAAAGAUGAACUCUCGUUGGACCACAGAGGAGCAGCUCCUGGCUGUGCAAGCUAUCCGUCGUUAUGGUAAAGAUUUUGGAGCCAUUGCAGAGGUGAUCGGUACCAAGACACCAGCUCAGGUGAGUUCGUUCUUCGUCAGUUACCGACGCAGGUUCAACUUGGAUGAGGUGCUGAGGGAGUGGGCGGCCGAACAGGUGGCCACCAACCGGGACCAGAGAGACCCCAGGAGGAGCGGGGAGGACAUCACUGCAGCUCCCGACGGCGCUGCAGAGGACGAUGAGGUCAAGAUGGAAGACUCUCCAUCAGACACUGCUGACAGUUCUUCCCCUCCCUCCUCCACCCAGACCACGUCCUCUCUCUCCCAGCCUCCGCCUCUGCUGCGCCCCGCACCUCCCUCGGCUCCUCCUAGCCUCCUCCGUCAGCCGCCACCUCUGCAGACGCGCCCGCUCCAGAACCGGGCACCCCAUAAUCACCCGCCACCUCCACUCAUCCGCCCGGCGGUCACCUCUUCAUCAUCCUCCUCCUCCUCUUCCUCUGGGAGCACCAGCCUCAGGGCUUCGCCUUCUGGCUCCUCCUCCUCAGCCGCUGGGCAGUUACCUCCAUCUCUGGUCGGGCACAAAGUGGAACAGUCCAACUCACACUGAUGACACACACACCUACACACACACACACACACACACCUAGAUACACAUGACAGUAGGAGUAAAAAUGCACACAUAAGCACCAGUAGCAUGGUUAAAAAGGUCACACAUUGGAAACUCCUUUACGCUGUGACGUCAUUGCUGUCCGAGGCCUUCCCAUGUGUCACAUGACCCCUGAUUCAUUAAAAGCCCCAUGAAGCAUGAAAAGGUGUGAGGUCCCCAGAACCCGUACUCUUCAUACAGUGACACACACUUUGACCUACCUCCAGACCAUAGCUCACUCACGCAACACACACACACCCAAACAUACCAUAAAACACUACAAACGUUGGAAGUCAAGACAAACACUACCUACACACACACACACACACACAAAGACACAAACCUCUGUGAACAAACCAAACAGUCUGUGGAUCAUCAGGCUGUGGGAGCAAACCCACCUGCUCGUCUCCAUGGCAACAGUUGAACAUCUGGACCUACACAGAGUGUGUUCUUAUGCACGCACACACACACACACACACACACAGAUAUAUAUAUAGAAAAUAUGUACAUUGUAGAUUUUACUGGACAGGUAUCAGAAACAAACAUUGUUCAGGAAAAGACAAAACAUAACUGAGGAAAAGAAGAGCUGAGAUAUAACAGACAAGAGGAGGAGCUGCCGAAGCUGUUCCACUUCCCAGGAGGCCGAGUCAAUCUCAGACUCACAAAGGAAUGAGGUGAAGUGCCAUCUUCUGCUUUUGUAAAAAAAAAAAAAAAAAAGUUCCCUUAGAGCAAGAACCAAACGCGGCGGGUUUUUCCUUUCCGAAAUUGUUGAAUCAGAUAAGAGCAAAAAAAAAAGAGCAGAAGGUGAUGUCGCUCCCUCUUCUGUCAUAGCCAUGUAUUACUAGUAUUAACUGGAGUGAUGUUAAAAUUUUUCUUUGACUAUUUUUUUAAUGAUGAGUCCUAGGUAGGCAGUUGUUACUGUAAUUAGUUUAGAUAGUGCGUACUUUAUUGACUGUGCUGAUGAUGAUGAUGCUAAUUAUUAAGGGAGUGUGAACAUUUGACUGGACUGAACUCAGUUCUACUGCUGGAAGUCCAGCUGCUUUAUAUGGGAUUUUCAUUUGUCAAACGCAAUACACUGGUCGCCAGCGAGCUUCUGUGCUAAGUGUGCGAUGUGACAGAUAUUUAACUGAUUGUUUUUUUGGUUUUUUUUUAAUUUUGGUCUACACUGAACAAGAAAAUGAAAUGUUCUGCCAAAGUCUUGCUGUUGCAUCAAAAUCUCAUUGUCGUUUGUUGUCGGACUUAUCAAGACGUCAGAUGUGGUCCAUUAUUGCUUUACUGUCUGUUUAUUUAAUGUGUCAGAGAUUCAGGUUGGGUGUUUACUGUGGAGGCUAAACCAGCGAAUGAUGACCAAGAACCGACAGCUGUCGUCUGGUUCUGUGCAGGAAACAAAAUCAAAACAGCUCUUCCAAAGCCGCAUGUGAACACUGAGUUAUUUGGACACUUGAUCUGCACUCCUUCACAGAUGAAGCGUGUUGAUGAGUUUGGAAGGAGCUUGUUACCUUUGGUGUUCCCUCCUGUCAGACCUGACACAGGGAUUAUGACUUGGUUCCACUACUUGAUAUUUCUUUUUUUUUUUUUUCUUUCAAUUGACUAAUUCUACUUUUUUUUUUUAAUAUGUGCUUGAUGACUAAGUGAAGGCAUCUGGGUGCAGUUAAGGCAGCUUACUUUCUGGUACUCCCAAAGUCAUGUCCAGGCAAAAGAGGAAGAAUAGGAGGAAGAGGUGUUGGAGGUCCAACAGGUUAGAGGUUAAAGUGGAAGACAUUUCUUGAACAGCCUUAAAUGACUGAAAAGUGUCUUUCUUUAUUUUCCUGCUGCCUCCACUCACAUUCCAGUUCAUCACUGCUGUGUCUCAGACAGAUCUGGGAUUAGACACUUAGGUCUAAACCUAUGAAGAGUCUCAGUUCUGCUAACGUCGACAGAAGCCUUCCGCAACGACUUGAACACGAGCAGCCAUCACUGCUUUGUUUGAAGUGUUUCACGUUGUCACCUCACUGGGACUUGAUUUCUUCCAUUUGUUGCUUGUUUCCAAAACUGCUUGUGUGUGUAACUAUGGGAGAAGCUGUUUACAUUGUGGAAAUGAAUGUGUUUGACAAAUGCCCCUUUUUUUUAUAGAAAUAAAGAAAUUACCAAAUAA